CGGUGGAGGUGAGUCACAUGGUCAGUGCCGCACUCUGGCUCUCCCCUGUCUCAGUCGCUUUUGUUGUAAAGGGGAGGCAGCCGAGGAGCAAAGCAGCAGCAGCCGUCCUGCCAGGGGCCAGCCCAGCCGGAAACCUCCCCAGCCAGGCUCUGCUGCUGCUGCUUUGCAGAGAGGCGCGCAGCCAGGGCUGGGGCAGGAGCGCCCGCGCCGCAGAGACGGCCGCGGCACCGUGCCGACUGGCGGGCAGCCUGGGGGCACAUGUAGAGGGGCAGCGGCAGCGAGCAGGAGAGUCGGGCGUGUUAGUCCUGCUUGGGCGCAGAGCGGCGCGCCCGCCAAUCCGGAGUUUCGCGGUCCUUGGUGCCGUCUCGCCGGAGGAGGAAACUAUGGAGGUCAAUGCAGGGGGUGUGAUUGCUUACAUCAGCUCUUCAAGCUCAGCGUCUAGCCCAGCCUCUUGUCACAGUGAGAGCUCAGAGAGUAGUUUCCAGUCAUCCUCUUCGCCUGUACCAUCUUCACCAAACAGUUCCACCUCUGAGAGCAGCUGUAACAGUAGGAGCAGCGAGGGUUCUGACGGCGCACCAAAGAAUGAUCAGCUAGAUGAUGCCGUUAAAACAAGUCGGUCGAGUGCUGCUGGAUUGACCAAGGGCCAUGGUGGACUUACAAAAUUUAAUGGCAUGAUCCUCCUGUGUAAAGUCUGUGGGGAUGUUGCUUCAGGAUUUCACUACGGUGUGCAUGCUUGUGAGGGUUGUAAGGGUUUUUUCAGAAGAAGCAUUCAGCAAAACAUUCAGUAUAAGAAGUGCUUGAAGAAUAACAACUGCUCUAUAAUGAGAAUGAAUAGGAACAGAUGCCAGCAGUGCCGCUUCAAAAAAUGUUUGUCUGUUGGAAUGUCAAGAGAUGCUGUUCGAUUUGGCCGCAUUCCUAAACGUGAAAAACAGAGGAUGCUGAUUGAAAUGCAAAGUGCCAUGAAGACCAUGAUGAACAGCCAGUUCAAUGGUCACUUGCCAAAUGAAACAUUAACAGAACAUCAGGAGCAAGCGCUGCCAUCGUCUCAAGAAGAGCUUACAUCCAAACCCCAACAAGAGCUGGAAAACAUCAGAAGUCCAUCUCCUCCUCCUCCCUCUGACAUUGCGAAGGAAGAAGUGAUUGGUUUGGUGACCAGAGCCCACAAGGACACCUUCAUGUACAACCAGGAGCAAUCAGAAAACCCAGCUGAGGCCAGGCAGCCCCAGAGCGGGGAAAGAAUUCCAAAGAACCCCGAGCAAUAUAGUUUGAAUAGCGACUAUUGUAGCAGUGGGCUUAGUGACACCCAUUAUACCGAGAGUGAGCAACUUCUUGCUGGACAAUACAAAGGGAGACAUGUAAUGCAUUAUCCAAAUGGGCGCACCGUUUGUUUCACAAAUGGCCACUGUAUGAACUUUACCAAUGGUUAUACUCAAAGAAUGUGUGAAAAGAUCCCAGAAGAUGGGUUUUCGGCAAAUGAGAACAUACAUAUAUACUCAUGCAACACUGGAGGGAGAAUGCACCUGGUUUGUCCAAUGAGCAAGACUCCCUUUGUGGACCCAAGUAAGUCUGGCCAUGAAGUCUGGGAAGAAUUUUCGAUGAGCUUCACCCCUGCAGUGAAAGAAGUGGUGGAGUUCGCAAAACGCAUUCCAGGGUUCCGAGAUCUUUGCCAGCACGACCAGGUCAAUCUUCUAAAGGCUGGGACAUUUGAGGUUUUAAUGGUACGGUUUGCAUCUUUAUUUGAUGCAAAGGAACGUACUGUCACCUUCCUUAGUGGAAAGAAGUACAGUGUGGAUGAUCUGCAUUCAAUGGGAGCUGGCGAUCUGCUCAACUCCAUGUUUGAAUUUAGCGAGAAACUAAGUGGCCUGCAACUUAAUGAUGAGGAAAUGAGUUUGUUUACAGCAGUUGUCCUGGUCUCUGCUGAUCGAUCUGGAAUAGAAAAUGUUAACUCUGUGGAGGCGCUGCAGGAGACACUAAUUCGUGCACUAAGGACCUUAAUUAUGAAAAACCAUCCAAACGAAGCCUCUAUUUUUACAAAACUUCUUUUGAAAUUACCUGACUUGCGUUCCUUAAACAACAUGCACUCUGAGGAACUCUUGGCCUUUAAAGUUCACCCAUAGGCCUUUAGCUCUUAUUUAUACAUGAACUUGCCUCAUGUUAAGCUGUAUAUUUUGUGCUAAAAUACUUAUUUAUAUGUUUGUACCACUUGUUGGAGAAGAAAAUCUCAUUGACUCUUAGUGAUUGGUUGAUACGCCGUAACCUUGCAAUAACAUUUCAGAGUGAGUACGUCCAGUGGUUAGCAACGUGGCAUUCAGAGUUCAUCAAACUAUCCAGAAUCAUCAGUAUGUUGACUGUAAAGUUUUUCACUCAACAGAAAGACCUGUCAGCUUCCUCUGGUGAAAAUCAAAAGCAUAGUGGCUGUGUGAGAAAUGAAAGAAAUGACAGUUGGGCUUUCCCAUAUCUAACGCAUGUAGUCUUGCUUGUCUGGAAAGCUCUUACUAAUUAACUAAUGACCUAUAUAAAGUACAGAAGUGUGUGUGUGUGUGUAUAUAUAUAUAUUUGUGUAUGUAUAUAAAUUGUUCUACAUAAAAAUAUAGACAUAAUUUCUUCACAAUAUUUUAAACUGUGAAGGAGUUAAACUUGCAAAAGCAGAUUAUCUAUGGAAAGAACCAAAAUAGGUGCACUUUGUGUAUUGCUGAACUAAUUAUCUGACCAUUUAUAAUUUUUGGAAAACAGCAAAUUUGCAUUGAUAUGCUAUAUUUGUUAAUAAAAGAAAUACUGUGACACCAAAAUUGCAGUCAGGUCCAACUUUAUAACGAGAACUAUUAACUGAAAGAGAAUUGUUUAGGGUACUAGUUAGAUUGAUUAUUUGUUGCAGCUAAGGUUCUUACCUUGUGCUGAUAGUGGUUAAAAAGCUGUUGGACACUAGCAUAGCUGAUGAGCAACAGAAUCCAUCAGUUCCUCCUAAAGAAUCAAGGAAAAUUUUCAGGAAAAGUGUAUCCAUCUAAUAUCCAGAUUGCAGGUUUGUUUGUUUUUUCUUUUGGGUUUUGUUUUUUUUUUGUUUUGUUUUGUUUUUUUGCAUGUAUAUUUCUGUGUCCAUUUCUUUCUUACACUACACCAAUUUGCUACUUGACUGCUCAAUAAGAUUUGAAUACAGAGCUGAGAGAGACACCUUGGUCUUUUCCUGUUGUUUUACCGCCAACCUUAAUAUGUAUAUAAAUAUUGGAGCUGUAUGCUUUUUAAAGAACUUUUUUUGUGUACGGAAAACAAGUGCACUCGAUUGUUGGAUAUCAUGACUCGCUUAACAAAACAGAGAGUUUUGGGGGUUUGGGGCUCUGUUUAUUCCAGACAGAAAAAUUCCCAGACUUGAGGGUCUGUUUUGUAUUCUGCUGCUUUCCACCCUAAAAGGGGGGAGGGGGAAUGUUCCUCAUGGAGUUGAAUUUCUUCUGUUAUAGCAGGAAGUGACACCACAGACUCGUGAUUUAAAAAGCCAAAGCAGUAAUGUUAUAAAUAGUCACGUUACUGUCAUAUACUGUGGGAGCAGAAAAUGCUCUUUUUACCUUCAUGUUUAGUUGACUGAUGUUCAAGUUUGACCCUCUAAGGUCUUAAAAUUGUGUAACACUAACUGUUGUCAACUGAUAGAGGGUUGUUGCUAAAGGGUUAAUGUGAUGUGUAAGGGCACAGUCCCUGAAACUUUCUGAUGGCAGAACUCCCAUUAACCUUGCAGGUUCAAAACGCUAUGGACUUCUGCAAAGCCAGUUGAAGUCAGUAUGAGUCUUCCCAAUGACUUCAGUAGGAUUUGGAUCAGGCCCUGGAGAUCCGAUCCUGCACCAUGCAAGUCAAUGGCAGUUUUGCCGCUAACGGUAGUGGUGGGGGUGAGAGGAGGUUUGGGCUGCACUGUAGCAUGAACAUGGGGCCAUCAGUUUUUAAGCAGAAAUCUCAGUUGAAAGGGAUGAGUUCUGCCCAAAAGUGAAUGGCAAGGGAGUCAAACUGAAGGGGAUCUGGAAAGAGUGCAGAUAUAUCCUCGCUUUGCCAAAAAGCAGAGGGGCACAGCCUUUCCCAGUAGCUCCCCCUCCUCCUCAGCUGGUGGGGUGAGAGCUCUCCUCCUGCUUCAAACUACUUCAACCACUGGAAAACAGCCCCCCUUUUUUAAAUGUUUUCAGCAGAUUACAUUUCUAGGGCUUUUCCCCCUCAUUUCUGCAAACACUGCAUUCAACCAAUAUUAUUAGUUUUAACGCUUCACUGACAUGUAUUCUAAAAUGCACAUUUAUGAAAGGACACAAUUGCAUCAUUUGUUUCUGCAAGGAGUCAAGGUGGCUCUUUAAUAUACCCUGUUUCAAAAGUGACGGUCAAACUGACCCCUGAUUUUUGGCUUCUUAUAGAGGCCUCCUCACUAUCUCUCUCUCUCUUUCUUUCUUUUAAAACUUUUAUUAUUAAGCCUUUAGGAAUGUAUAACCAGGACUGUGUAAGGAUUGCUUAUUAAAUUUUAGUUAGAUUCAAUAUAUAUGCAAUAGAUAAAUAUUCUGAUGUGUGCAAUUUCAUUUGAAUGAAAUCUUCCUACAUGUAAUGCAAAUCGAACUUAUAUCAGCUGAAAAACCCCCAGAUUCAUGCCAAAAGGUUUAAUGAAAAAGAAAAAGCUAUUCAAAAUGGCUCAUAUUUCGUGAACUCCAUAACUGAACUUCAGAAAGAAGUUACUUUAGCCAUGUAUUGUGAGCUCACUCUUUUACUGUGUCACUGGUUAUACACUUGUUAAAUGCUGAGAUAAUAGUCUUCAUGCAAGACAUUUAUGAGUACUGUAGAUGGGACUUUGCGGAACGAUUAAUAUAACGUACUGUAUGAAUUUAUUGAAAUGUUACUGAUUGUACAGGUUUGAAAAGAUUAAAUAUGGGCAUUAUGUUAGCAAACAA